AUCCCUCUCUUACAAUAUCCGGUGAAAAAGUAACAGUGAAAAUUAAAAUCGCCUCUACAGCUAACAUUUUUCCUUAUUGGGUCAAUCGAAGAUCUGGUUGGACCUGAACCAGAUCUUCUCCGGUUAACAAUUUUCCGGCCGUUUCAAAUACCGAAUACUCAUUUGUAUAACGUUACACAAAAUGAAUAUAUUCCGGUUAGCCGGUGACAUGACCCAUUUGGCUAGCAUUCUUGUUCUGCUCCUCAAGAUCCAUACUAUUAAAUCCUGUGCUGGCAUUUCUUUGAAGACUCAGGAACUGUAUGCUAUUGUAUUCGCAACUCGCUACUUGGAUAUUUUUACCAGUUUCGUUUCUUUUUAUAAUACUUUUAUGAAAUUAAUAUUUCUCGGAAGCUCUUUCUCGAUUGUUUGGUACAUAAGAAGGCACAAGCUGGUUCGUAGAUCUUAUGAUAAAGACCAAGACACAUUCCGCCAUUAUUUUCUUCUGCUACCAUGCAUAAUUUUGGCCCUUCUUAUACAUGAAAGGUUUACCUUCAAAGAGGUAAUGUGGGCGUUUUCCUUGUAUCUGGAAGCUAUUGCUAUAAUCCCACAGCUUAUGUUGUUACAAAGAACGAGAAAUAUUGAUAACUUGACCGGACAAUAUAUAUUUCUCUUGGGGGCAUACAGAGCAUUAUAUAUUUUAAAUUGGAUUUAUCGAUACUUUACGGAGCCGCACUUUAUUCACUGGAUAACUUGGAUAUCAGGACUUGUUCAGACAUUGCUUUAUGCCGAUUUCUUCUACUAUUACUUCCAAAGCUGGAAGAACAAUGUAAAGCUCCACUUACCGGCUUGAGUCGGGCCAUAGAAGGGAUGUUUCCUUUCGGGAGGGGCGGUUUCCGCCCUAAAUACAGCAUAUACAGAUGAAAUUUUAUGUCUUUACACAGAUGAUCUCAAACUCUAGCCGUCAGAAUUUUGCACUGUGUAUCCAUAGUGUAAAAAACUAAUCUGAGAUGUACACUCAAUGAUAUUAAUAUAUUUUGGAUAUUUCUCGUGUUCUCAA